AAAUUUUGUAUGAUUUCCAUUUAAAUGUUUAUUAUUUAUGAUUUGUGAUUAACACGCGCACAGCAUAAGUUCAAUUAGUAAGUCGUAUGAUUGGAAGUAAGUUCACUGGUUUUUGUCCAGAAGAUGUCGCUAGGGCUCUAAACAUAAAGUAAGGGCCUUCUAUGCGACAACGCUGCAAGUGCCAACAUCAUCCCUAGGUGCACCGCGCAUGCGCAUGGCUCUCAUUCUUCUCUAGAAUUCCGGGGUGGAGAGAAAACUGACGAAUACCUUGAGAAAAAGGACCCUGGAGUUAUAUUUAUUCACCAGCUACGCUGUUAAAAAAUAAUGUGGAAUCUCCGAAGCAGACCCCGGGACAGGAUAUGGACCUCUAGGCUAUAAGACAAGUCCUCUUCUGUCCCUCGCCAGCCUCUCUGAAGCAACCAUCUCUGCCACCAGCCCAGAGGUUGUUUGACUCAGACUCUUCCCCACAGGGAAGUAGGAGGGAGCCAGUCAACCCUCCCAGGUGUUCUCCAGACACACAGGCUACAUUGCUGCCGUUCCCUUAGCCCCACUUUAUCCAUCAUCCAGCCACAGACACCUGGUUUCCAAGCUUGUUAGCUCAUCAGUACGGCACGAAGGCCCAAUCCCAACCCCCUAUUGCCCACUGGUAGAGAUACCAAGCCAACUAUUGUAGCUGAACUCUACUCUUGCUAUUAUUUUCUCACUGCUUACUGGAGCAUUGCAGGUAAGCUAGCUAGCAGCCAGGCCAGUCGUCCUGUAAUUGGUGAGCUACUAAUUGAGGCAGUUGGGAUAGGCAUACAGACUGAGGGAGGUGGUGGGCUCAGCAUGGAGGCCAACAUGGAGAGCUGUCUGAACCAGGUUCUGCAGAAGGAUGUUGGGCGCAGACUGCAAGUGGGCCAGGAGAUCAUUGACUACAUCUCCGACAAGGACAAGUCCAGCGACCUGGAGCAUGAUCAGACCAACCUGGACAAGUUGGUGGACGGCAUCGCCACCUCCUGGGUUAACUCAAGCAACUUCAAGGUGGCACUGCUGGGUCUGGACCUCCUCUCUGCCUUAGUGACCAGGCUACAGGAGAGAUUUAGAUCCCACGUGGGAACAGUCCUGCCCAGCCUCAUAGACAGACUGGGGGACUCCAAAGACCAGGUUCGGGACCAGGACCAGAUUCUGCUGCUCAAGAUCAUGGAGCAGGUCGCCAGCCCACAGUACUUAUGGGACCGGAUGCUGGGAGGAUUCAAACACAAGAACACCAGGACCAGAGAGGGAGUGUGCCUUUGUCUCAUCACAACGCUCAGCACGUACGGUGCCCAGGGAAUUACCCUCAGUAAAAUCGUCCCCCACAUAUGUAACCUCUUGGGGGACCCAACCAGCCAGGUUCGUGAUGGAGCGAUCAACAGUCUGGUGGAGAUCUACAAACACGUUGGUGAGAGAGUCAGGAUGGACCUCACUAAGAAGGGUCUGCCGCAAUCACGGUUGAAUGUAAUCUUCAAUAAAUUUGAUGAAGUCCAAAGAUCUGGGAACAUGGUAGCGACCCCGGGUUCAGAUAAGAACUUUGAGGAUGAGGACUCGGUUGACGGGGGUCGCUCGACCUCGUCCUCCUCAUCCAAGCCCUCGAGUGUCAGGAGGACCGUGGUCAGCGUGGUCAGGAGGCCCAGUGCCGCCUCUGCUAGCAAGAUCACAAGUAAAGAGGCAGCUGCAGGAGCUGUAGAUGAAGAAGACUUUGUCAAAGCCUUUGAGGAUGCUCCCUCUGUCCAGAUCUACUCCAACAGAGAGAUGGAGGAUCAAAUGUCAAAGAUCAGAGAAGUUUUGUCUGAUGAAAAGCACGAUUGGGAGCAUAGGGUGGUUGCGGUUAAGAAGGUGCGCUCCCUCAUGAUGGGCGGGGCGGCGGAGUACGAGGGCUUCCCCCAGCAGCUGCGUCUCAUGGAAGCCCCUCUGAAGCUGUCCGCCAAAGACCUGCGCUCCCAGGUGGUCCGAGAGGCCUGUAUCACUCUUGGGUACCUGUCAACGUUGCUAGGCAACAAGUUUGACCACUGUGCGGAGAGCAUCAUGCCCACACUACUCAACCUGGUGCCCAACAGCGCCAAGAUCAUGGCCACGUCCGGGGUGGCCGCCAUUCGCAUCAUCCUCAGGCACACACACUACGCACGGCUCAUCCUCAUCAUCACCAGUAACUGCACAUCCAAAUCUGUGGCUGUCCGAAGACGCUGUUAUGAGUUCCUGGAGCUCAUGUUGCUGGAGUGGCCCACCAACACAAUGGAGAGACACGUGGCCGUCCUGACCGAGACCAUCCGGAAAGGCAUUCAUGAUGCAGACUCUGAAGCUCGCUACAUCGCCAGGAGAUGCUAUUGGGGAUUCCAUGGCCACUACAGCCGGGAGGCGGAGCAUUUGUUCCAGGCACUGGAAUCGUCCUAUCAGAAGGCUCUCCAGUCCCACCUGAAAGGCUCCGACAGCAUCGUGUCCCUCCCCCAGUCAGACCGCUCCUCGUCCUCCUCGCAGGAGAGCCUGAAUCGCCCUCUCUCUGUGAAGAGUGUCAUCGGAGGAAGCAUGACAAGGAGUAAGCUGGUGAGCACCAGAGCACCGAGCAUGCCCAGCUCGCUGCAGCGUUCCCGUAGCGACGUUGAUGUCAACGCAGCCUCCACCGCCAAGUCCCGCCUCUCCAACCCUUCCUCCUCCUCCCCUUUCAACUCGGCAGCAGCCCUGCUCCCUGGCUCCUACGCAUCGCUAGAUGGCACGCCCGGUAGACUGGAUGGUCGUGUGCGGACCAGGAGGCAGAGCUCAGGCAGUACCGGAGGCUCCAGCAGCACGGUGCUGGUGGACAGCAGGGGGCGCAGUCGGGCCAAAGUGGUCUCCCAGUCCCAGCGAUCCAGAUCAGCCAAUCCCAUCAGUGCGGGCAGUCGCUCCAGCUCCCCGGGGAAGCUGCUGGGCCACAGCAGCUAUGGGCGACCGCCCCGGACCAGCGUCUCCAGCGCUGCAACACCAACCGGCCAGCGCAGCCGCAUCCCCCGCAGCCACGGCUGCAGUCGCGAGCCCAGCCCCAACCGCAUGGGCCUCGCCCGGAGCCGCAUCCCCCGUCCCAGCAUGUCACAGGGCUGCAGCCGCGACACCAGUCGUGAGAGUAGCCGGGACACCAGCCCUGCACGGGGCUUCACGUCUCUGGCCUCCCGACAUCAGUCUCGCUCCACCAGUGCUUUGUCCACAGCAGACCCCCACAGCCAGUCAGAUCGCUAUGGCCUGCUCCACCAGGCUAGAAUCUCUGCGUCGGUCAACGCCAUGAGGGUCCUGAACACCGGCACCGAGGUGGAGGCGGCCGUGGCAGACGCUCUGCUAUUAGGAGACUCCAGGAACAAGCGGAAGCCAAUGGGACGGCGGUACGAGUCGCCGGGUAUGUACUCGGACGACGACGCCAACAGCGACGCGUCCAGCGCCUGCUCGGAGCGCUCGUAUGGCUCCCGCAACGGCAGCAUUCCCCACUACCUGCGUCAGACGGAGGACGUGGCGGAGGUCCUCAACCACUGCGCCAGCUCCAACUGGUCCGAGAGGAAGGAGGGCCUGCUGGGCCUGCAGAACCUGCUCAAGAGCCAGAGAAUACUGAGCCGUGUAGAACUGAAGAGGCUUUGUGAAAUCUUCACCAGGAUGUUUGCCGAUCCCCAUAGCAAGAGGGUUUUCAGCAUGUUCCUGGAGACGCUCGUGGACUUUGUGACGGUGCACCGGGACGACCUGCAGGACUGGCUCUUUGUCCUGCUUACCCAGCUGCUGAAGAAGAUGGGUGCGGACCUGCUGGGCUCUGUGCAGGCCAAAGUCCAGAAGGCCCUGGACAUCACACGGGAUUCUUUCCCCUUCGAUCAACAGUUCAACAUCCUGAUGAGGUUCAUCGUGGACCAAACUCAGACUCCUAACCUCAAGGUCAAGGUGGCCAUCCUCAAGUACAUUGAGUCCCUGGCACGGCACAUGGAUCCUGGGGACUUCGUCAACUCGAGCGAGACGCGCCUGGCCGUGUCCCGUAUCAUCACCUGGACCACCGAACCCAAGAGCUCCGACUGUUCGCAAGGCCGCCAGGUGGUGCUGAUCUCCCUGUUCGAGCUCAACACCCCAGAGUUCACCAUGCUGCUGGGAGCGCUACCCAAAAACUUCCAGGAUGGAGCCACCAAGCUGCUGCACAACCACCUCAAGAACUCCAGCAACACCAGCAGCAGUGUGGGCUCUCCAAGCAACACCAUUGGCCGGCAGCCGCAACGCCAAACCCCCAGCAGAACGAGCCCCCUUACUUCUCCUACCAACUGUUCCCAUGGCAGCCUGUCACCAAGCAUGACAGAGUACGACACAGAGAACAUGAACUCUGAGGAGAUUUACAACUCGCUGCGCGGCGUUACUGAAGCCAUUCAGAGCUUCAGCUAUCGCAGCCAGGAGGACCUGAAUGAAUCCACCCGCCGAGAAGGCAAGAGGGACGACACGGCCGGAAGGGAAGGGCUGGCGUCUGUCCCGGGGUCAGACGCCCGUCUGGACGCGGUGGACGGAGGAGGGGGUCGCACAGCGCUGGACAACAAGACGUCACUGCUCAACACCCCGUCGCCACGCUCCUUCUCGGGGCCACGUGGCCGAGAGUUCUCCCCGUACGGCUACGGCGAGACCAUAAGCACCUACGACAAGAGCGCCCUGAAGGAGGCAGUGUUCGACGACGAUGUGGAAACCUUCAAGGACUCUGGGCCGGACCACUCUGAGCUGGUGGCAGACCUGCUCAAGGAGCUGUCCAAUCACAACGAGCGGACAGAGGAGCGCAAAGGGGCGCUGGUGGACCUGCUGAAGCUGACCCGGGAGGACAGUCUGGCCCUAUGGAACGAGCAUUUCAAGACCAUCCUGCUGCUGCUGCUGGAGACCCUGGGGGACAGAGACCACACCAUCAGGGCACUGGCCCUUCGUGUCCUGAAGGAGAUCCUGAGGAACCAGCCGGCACGCUUCAAGAACUACGCUGAGCUCACCAUCAUGAAGACCCUGGAGGCACACAAGGACUCGCACAAGGAGGUGGUGAGGGCGGCCGAGGAGGCGUCUGCCACCCUGGCCGGCUCAAUCCACCCAGAGCAGUGCAUCAAGGUGCUGUGUCCCAUCGUACAGACGGCCGACUACCCCAUCAACCUGGCUGCCAUCAAGAUGCAGACCAAGGUGAUUGAACGCAUCACCAAGGACUCCCUGAUCCAGCUCCUGGUGGACAUCAUCCCCGGCCUGCUGCAGGGUUAUGACAACACGGAGAGCAGCGUGCGCAAGGCCAGCGUGUUCUGUCUGGUCGCCAUCUACUCUGUGAUAGGAGAAGAUCUGAAGCCACACCUGGCACAGCUCACAGGCAGCAAGAUGAAGCUGCUGAACCUGUACAUCAAGCGAGCCCAGACCACCAACAGCAACAGCAGCAGCUCCUCUGACGUCUCCUCUCACAGCUAAUGGACCACCCACCCCCGGCCCGUCCUGUUCCUCGCACAGCAACGACGACCCCCCUCCACAAUUUCAUUUUUUGCGUUUUGCAGACCUGCCUGUCACUUCAGGGCUGGUUCAAACUUGUUUUGAGAGGGAAGGCAUUAAAAUCUCUUUUUGGAAGUCCAAUGGAAAACCAAAUACUAAACAUUUGAAAGGUAAUUUAAAAAUAGAUAAAUAUCGUUGUAAGGGACAUUAUGUAAAAAGUAAAUGAUAGUUUUGUUUGUUUUACUUAUUUAUGUUUUUCAUCAUUAAUAAGGCUUUUGAAAAGCACUACUUCAAUUGUUCAAUUCUAUGUUAUAAAUUAUAAAAGUUCAACCCCUUUAUAGCUAAAUAAUUUAAAAAAAAUGCAACCUAUUCCUGUUUUUCCCUUCCCUCUAACUGCAGUAAAAUGUACAGUCUAAAAAGUAAUAGUUUCAAUCUAAUCUUAGUCUUCUAACAGAGGUGUUUCAAAAGACAAUCCUCGGCAAAGGAUUCUGACCUUUUAAGUCAAAAUCUGAUAAAGGAAACCCCCCUCCCCCCCAACAACAGGACAACCAAAGUGUUGGUCCUCAGUCAAGACAGUGAGUGACCCUUAAUGAUCGAGGUGUCAUUUCAACCUACAGUAACUAACACUCAACCUGGUGUUGUGUUGCAAACAAAUGGCGUCUGUCCGGAUCAUUUGUGGUGAGGAUGAUGAUGCUGCUAAGUCAAAGAACAAUGGCUGAACCCCUCAGUCCGAGGAAGAAAAAGGUAUUUUCCUUUGUGAAUACUUUGAAUGUUUUUUUUCCGCCAAUGCCUGUCUACGGGUGAGUGGCCAUCCUAGACAUGUCAAAAGCCUUAUACAUUACACACACACACACACACACACACACACACAAGUCUUGGCUGGAACACGUAUAUCGCUCUUUCAAAUAGGGGAAUUAAAGACUGAUGGUGUUACUGAUUCUUUAACUAAAACACAGUAUAAGUUCAAACUAUAAGGUUUCUGUGCUGUACUGUGUUUUGGAGGCAUAGCUGAGGGGCUUCUCUACCCCCAAAACACAGCAAGUCAACAGAUAUUUUUGUACAUACACUUUUUUUAACACCGCUUCGCAAAAGCCUUCCUUUAUGUACUAAGAAGACAAAAAAAGUCUGGCUACUUUGACAUUUCUUUUGCACACUCACUGGCUUGCAUGGUAUUAGGCCACACAGCCUUUUAAAACCUGCUGUGACGAUUGGCCCCUGGGGACUCUACUGUAGAAGUGCAUCUGUGACAACAUCCAUUUAGUCAUCCCUGGUUCUCUUUCAGUAGGGAAGGGAUCAGGUUGCUCAUAGAUGUAAUAAGUAAUUUAAUAAACUACGCUUCCUAUGUCCCCGCUUUGUGCUAUGGGCCGUCACAAUGCAAACGUGCACUAUCAGGGCUGGGUAUUGGAAAAUGAAUAACUAAGGGUACGUGUUUGAGUGUUAUUAAAACAUAACUUUGAAUAGGGUUCCAUACAAUUUCCAUUUUCUUCAGGUCAUUCUGUAUUUUCUGUGUCCAAGACCUCUUCUCAAAUCCAUCCCAAUGCAUCCUCCUCCCCUUUAAGUGAGGUGAGGUAUGUAAUGAUGAAAUGUACUACACACUAAACUCUUUUAUUCCUUGAGCUAGCUAAUGUCCUUGACAAUCUGCUCCAGAAAAAAAUACUGCUUUGUUGAAAAACCCUUUCUAAAGGGGGCUUUGAAAUGUUUUGCCGGAUAAUUUAAGGUGAGAGUAAGUAGGAAUUCUGAAGAGUAAUCCUCAGGUUUUUAUUUAUUUAUAUUUAGCAUUCCUUUAAUUUAUCUUUUUUAUUUUAUUUUAGAGCCUGGAGGCUUGUACUGAAAUACAUGUAUUAACACAGAGGCCCAACCUAAUUCGCUAGCUGGUCAGGUUAAACAGGAGGAAGAUGGUUUUUUUUUUGCCAAGUUGGUAUAUAUUUUGAAGCAUCAGUGAUUGAUACGGUUGUUGAAAGACUGUCGGAAAUACCUAGUCCUGAACCGGGAACAGGUUUUAUCUGCCGUUUUCUCUUUUGUAGAUUGAUUGCUACCUUUUAUGUCUCUCUAUGUUCCCCCUGCUGGCAACGACUGUUGUUUCACUUCAGGGUGGGGUCACCCAACAGAACCCACAGUGAUCAAUCAGAGCACCUCUCAGAUCAGCUGUUUAUACAUCCCUGUAAUAUAAACCAAAAUAUGGUAUUCCUUGCAAGCUGAUCACUGCAUGUUAUGAGUUGUCCUUUAAUGUACAAUUUAUAUCUUUAUUUAUACAUUUGUUUAAUUUGUAUUCUAUUUUAUUUUAUUGUUGGUCAUUAUUUUUCAUGACCAGCUGUACAGAAGCAUUUGAUUAACAUCCACCUGUGAUAGAUUUGCAACAAUGUACAAAACUAUGUUUGCUCUAGAAUUAAACUGACCGAAGAAAUUAAA